GCGCCUCAGGGCAAAACUUUCUGCUGGCGUAUAGGUCUCAUGGAAUGAAUAGGAAGACAGUCGUCCAGCAAAGCAGACAAUGAACACACACAAUAGAUGAGGUUGCACAUUCAUUUAUAUACCAGUGACUGAUAUUUCCCACAGAAAUCUGCACUUGGAGGACGUUAACAAAGAUGGCCUGUUUAUGCAGGGAAGACAAUGUCACUAAUGAUCUGUGAAUAUGGCAGCCCAGCAGUAACUGCAGAGCUAAGGAAUAUGGACACUGAACAAGCAAGUAAGUCUUUGGUAGAUGUCCAGCAAACCUCAAGUGACUCAUCAGUCGUUCUAACAGAAGCAGGACAUUCUUCAGAUGGACACUCGGCAGAAGUGGAGGAAGAGCCAGCCCACCAAUGCAAAGGAUCAUCAGAUUCUAGUCUUACACCAUGUCAACAUUACCUCAUGACCACAAGGGAGCUUCAGAUGUACUGGAAGAAGGAAAAGCACAGCAGCAAACCAGAUAAACUUCUUUUUGAAAUACCGUCCACACGCAUUGCUGAGGAUUUCCUGUCUAAGUUUGUGAUAUAUCAAAUUGUCAUUAUCAGAACAGGCAGUUUUGAUGGAAACAAAGUGUUCAUUGAGAGAAGAUAUUCUGACUUUGAGAAGCUUCAUAGAACUUUAUUGAAAGAGUUUAAAGAAGAAAUGGAAGAUGUGCUAUUCCCAAAGAAAGUGCUGAUUGGAAACCUCACCAGUGAGAUGAUUAGCAAGAGAAUGCUAGGCUUGAAAAAUUACCUUGAUGAGUUAUAUGCCAUUAAAUGUGUUAGGUGGUCCAAGAUAUAUAUCGACUUUUUUUUGGAUCCUGAACUAGAUGAGGGUUAUAGUUGUCUCAGAGGAGGGCAGUAUAAAAAAGCCAUGGAAAUUUUCCAACAAAUUGUGUGUUUACAGGAAAAGUUAACGCAGCACUGUUCCAUAUUGAUGGUGCCACCUCUCUGUGCAUUGGUUGUGUGUCAUAAAGACUUGGACAAUCUCGAAAAAGCUUAUGAUGUGGGAAUGAAUGCUUUGACACUGGUAGAAAAACACCCAGGACACAAAUAUUACACACCAUUAUUGGAUACAUUGAUUUCAUUGGCAUAUAAACUGGGUAAAGACUUUUUGUCUUUGAGGGAAAAGUUUGAAAGAGGAAAAAACAGGAUGAUGAAAGGCCAUGAAAUCGAAAUGGUCACUCUAAAGGAACUUGCAGUGAAGGAACGGCAUCCUUAGAUGUUGAUAUCAAUAAUUAGAAAAGCAUGAGGCAAAUCUGUGGUCAUGAUUCACUUGUAAACUAAUAUAAGCAUAUAUUGCAUCACUUCAGGUAUUUCAAUUGUGUUUUGUCACCACAGCCUUGUAUUUUUUACUGUAUAAUUUUCUGUGUAUUCUUCUGUUCUGUACAUGAAGGUGUGUUGGAUUUACACAAUUUAAUUCUAAAAUAUUACAACAAUACAAUACCUUAUUUAAAACACACAGAGACUACAUUUUCUGCUGUUAGGGAACGCUGCGAGUUCAUCCAACAUUUCUAUCUCUUACCUUAUUUGUGUCGCAUGUGACUUGUUUACGAUGCGCUUUGUCGCAGCGAGUUCGGAUUGCGACAAAAAACGUCCAUGUAGUCCUACCCUUAAAGGUAAAAGUGUAUUGCAGAAAAAGGCAGGAUAGAUGGAAUGCCAUUCUGCUCCCAAAUCAGUUAUCUAGAUGUUACUGGGCCCCACAGCAAAUUCAGCUUAGGGCCUCAAAACAAAAGUUGACCCAUCAAGAUAUAUUGAAAGACAUUGCUCACAAAUUAAAAUCCUGAGUGGGGCCUUUAUACUUCUGAGCCCCUCUGUGACAACAGGGUCUGCUUCCUCUGCCCCAAAUCGUGUUGCCCCUUCCCACCCCUUUUCAAUUCUGUUUCUGUUACACUAAUAGGGUCAGAUGUAGGUUCCCCGAACUUCUGGGGUCAUGGUUAUUUCUCUUCCAAAAUAUAUUUCAAAAAUUCGAACGCCUUCCCUGUCACUCCCUCUGAUUGUAUACAUAUGAUUUAUAGGACAGCAUGUAAAUAUAUGUUGAAAAUAGAAAACUUAUGUACAAUAAAUAUUUUUCAUAAUGUAA